AGAAAGAAUGUGUGUAUAUAUGUAUAUGUAUAAAACUGAGUCACUUUGUUAUACACAGCAGUAGUGAACACAGCAUUGUAAGUCAACUAUACUUCAAUUUUAAAUAAUUAACUAAUUUUUUCGGAAGAGUAUGUUCAGUCAGGGCUGAAGCAAUCAGGCAGGGUUUCACAGAGAAUGUAGAACUCUGUGAAACCCUGGCCUUGAGGAACAGUAGCAUUUGCCCGGCCAGAAGAAAGUGUUGCAGGCAAGGAGGCCCCCAGAGUAAAGGAACUGAAGGGAAACUAAACUUUGAAUGCACAGGGACAUGGAAGAAGUGGAGGCAACUGUUCAGUCUUUGGCAGGGGCUUUCCUUGGAGCAUGCUGGAGGAGUGGAAAAGAAGUUUGAAUCAAAAAUAUUGAAUCAAAAAAAAAGAAAAAAUUAGAAUGCAACACAGAGAUAGGAAAUAUAGUACUUUUUGGCCAUCUCCAAGCCCCCUCUCCUCUCUUGUCACUCAAGGAUAAUAGGAAUCAAGGGAACACAAUAUAAAGGCUUGGGUUGGGGUCAAGACACAGGAAAGAUACAGGGCUUUGGUUCUCUUAGGGCCAAAAUAAUAGUCAUGGCUACCCUGGGAGCUGGCCAUUGUCCUGAGAAUAGGUGGGCUGGUGACCUAACAGCUCCUUAUAAAAAGCCAUCUGUCCUGUGAACCUGGGUGAUGUCCUGGGAAAGCUUUCCUCUCAGCUCCCAGAUGGUAUCACAGUGCCUUUGUGAAAGGAGAUUUCCUGGAUUGUUUGCUUAUUCCCAGAUUUGCAGAUAUGAAAAUUAUUUUGUAUGUCAGUUUUGUGAAUUUUGAUUUCUGCUGUAUCUCUUCAUAUCACAACUUAACCAUCUGUAUGGCACUCUCUUAAGUUUUAUCUUGUAUCCAAAGAGCAGGGUACUUGCUGAAACAAAUCCACAAAUUGAUUUUUUUUCCCUCGUGCAUUCUUAUAGAUUUAUUCACAGUGUAGGUUAGAGUCAUUGCUGAAUUUGACAUUCCAUAUAUUCUUUUAAUUAUCCAAAACUUUGAUUUUCUGGCCAACACAUCAUCUUUGUCUUAGAUUACUAUUUAUUUCCAUGACCAGGAGCAAGCACAUGACUUUUUCUACAAUGCCAUAUUCCCAAAGAAUUAAGAUAGAUACCUUCCCAAAAGUGACUUCCUGUGUGCCUGUGGGUGAGAGGCAGAGCCACCAGAAGUGAAACAGAUCGAGGCAGUGGUUGGGGCUCAGCCAGGCUCAUCUCCGGAGCUCAGUCCCUGUACCAACCAGGCAUCCUGUGGGCUGUUAAAAUGGAAACCUCAUCAAAUUAAAAGUGAUUGCAUACUGUGGACCUUUGCAAUCACAUCAGAGGAGCUGAAGGUACAUUGCAAUCACACUGGAGGAGCUGAAGGUGCAGCUAAUAAAUCGUAGGUUCUGACAUUUCUGACGUGGGAUGGGAGGUGGCAGUUAGGAUACAUGUGGCUGGAAAUGCAGAUAGCAGCAUACCCAGUUAAAUCAAAUACUUACCAUUAGGCCCACUGAGCAACUUAUUGAAUUUACCAUUGACUAUAUUUAAACAUGAUCAAUCUGAAAUUUCCUGUCUGAGAUUUGCCUCGGAAGAACAGGGAAAAAAGAGAGAGAGGGUAAGACUUUGCCAAAGGGUGCUUUCAUGGAGUUGAUGGCAGCUGAAACAAAAGGCCCAGUUUUAAUUGAAUCACAGACUGUGUAAUUAUUUAACCUGUACCAGCUGGCCUCAGGAAGCUACCAGAUUUCCUUAGAGAGCUUGUACUUGACCAGAAACAGAAGGUAACUUAUUAGUAACAAGAAAAAUGCUUCUGUACCUGUGUUACCUCCUACUCCCAGAGAACUUAACGUAAAAGGGGAAAAACUUCCUUGGAGUUCAUUUUUGGCUUAAGAGGCCGUCCUCCUUCCCUGGAGGAUGUGAACGGGUUUGCUAAAACACCUGUAGUCUCUGAGGAAUAGCCAACAUAAACAGGAUGUUAUUGCAUCAGACAGUAUUCAGUCACAUCACUCAAGACCAUCCCGGAACUGUGCCGAAGAUGUGAUUCGCAAAACGAAGACAGAUCAGGUCAUGUGCCUUGUAGCCACUUCCACAAUAGGCGAUGUUACAGAUUUCUUCUGUGGUUGAGAAGGAGGCCAAUUUCAAGUUCAGAUGCCUUCAGACUCACCCAGAGCAAACAUCUAAUGCUCAAGUGUCUAGCUCUGGCUGGAAUUGUGGUGUCUCAACUCUUAUUACAAACACGCAGAAGCCCACAGGAAUCGCCGAUGUGUAUAGUAAGUUCCGCCCAGUGAAAAGAGUGUCCCCAUUGAAACACCAGCCAGAGACUCUGGAGAACAAUGAAAGUGAUGACCAAAAGAACCAAAAGGCAGAGUACCAGAAAGGGAGUGAUCCUGACCCAGGCCCCCAACCCGAGGAGCUCGGCCCCAGAGCUGUCGAGGGCAGCCCCCAAAGGAAGAGCACGGAACCCAGCACCCUGCUGGGGGAGCUGGAACAUUAUGACCUCGACAUGGAUGAGAUUCUCGACGUGCCUUACAUCAAAUCCAGUCAGCAGCUGGCCUCUUUCACCAAGUCGACUUCGGAAAAAAGAAUUUUGGGUUUAUGCACAAGCAUUAAUGGCCUUUCCGGCAAAGCUUGCCCUACCGGAAGUGCCGAGAGCUCCCCGUCUAACAUGACACCAUUUUGUGUCCUUUCUCCUGUGAAAAGCCCUCACUUGAGAAAAGCAUCCUCUGUUGUCCAGGACCAACAGAAGCUCUCCCCUGAAGAAUCAGAGAGUUCUCCUCCUCCCGUUAAAUGUGGCUCUGCUUAUGAGCCUGAAAACCAGGGUAAGGACUUCCUAUACAAGACCUUCAGUGAUCCUCACAGUCGGAAAGUUGACAAGGCAAUGGCACCAGAUUGCCAGCUCAGGGCCUUCCAUCUGCAGUCCUCAGCAACAGACCCCAAACUAGAGGAGCAGAUUGGUGGCAUGAACUGGACCAGCUCCCAGGGACCCGAAGAAAGGAACGAGUACCUGAAAAAAGUAAAAAGCAUCUUGAACAUUGUUAAAGAAGGACAAAUAUCUCUCCUGCCACACCUAGCUGCCGACAAUCUAGACAAAAUUCAUGACGAAAGUGGAAACAAUCUCUUACACGUUGCCGCAUCGCAGGGACACGCAGAGUGCCUGCAGCACCUCACUUCUUUGAUGGGAGAAGACUGCCUCAACGAGCGAAAUGUGGAGAAGUUGACUCCCGCAGGCCUGGCCAUCAAGAAUGGUCAGUUGGAGUGUGUACGCUGGAUGGUGAGUGAAACAGAAGCCAUUGCUGAAUUGAGUUGUUCUAAGGAUUUUCCAAGCCUUAUUCAUUACGCAGGUUGUUUUGGUCAGGAGAAGAUUCUGCUGUGGCUUCUUCAGUUCAUGCAAGAGCAGGGCAUCUCGCUGGAUGAAGUGGACCAAGAUGGCAACAGUGCUGUUCAUGUGGCCUCACAGCAUGGCUACCUCGGGUGCAUACAGACCCUGGUUGAGUACGGAGCAAAUGUCACUAUGCAGAACCACGCUGGGGAGAAGCCCUCCCAGAGCGCCGAGCGCCAUGGACACAGCCUGUGCUCCCGGUACCUGGUGGUGGUGGAGACCUGCAUGUCGCUAGCCUCCCAGGUGGUGAAGCUCACCAAGCAGCUGAAGGAACAGACAAUGCAACGUGUCACACUGCAGAACCAGCUCCAACAACUUUUAGAAGCCCAGAAAUCAGAGGGCAAGUCACUCCUUUCUUCACCCAGUUCACCAUCCUCUCCAGCUUGCAGAAAGUCCCAGUGGAAGUCCCCAGACACAGAGGAUGAGUCUGUAGCCAAAAGCAAAUCAGGAGUCCAGGAGGGGAUUCAGGUUCUUGGAAGCCUGUCAGCAUCCAGCCGGGCUAGGGCCAAAGUGAAAGACGAAGAUUCUGAUAAAAUCCUACGUCAGUUAUUAGGAAAAGAUAUUUCAGAGAAUGUCUGCACCCAGGAAAAGCUGUCGUUGGAAUUCCAGGAUGCUCAGACUUCCUCGAAACAUUCCAAAAAGAUCCCCCUGGAGAAGAGGGAACUGAAGUUAGCGCGGCUGAAGCAGCUGAUGCAGCGGCCACUGAGCGAGGCUGACACGGACUCCAACAACUCUGAGGACCCCAAGGGCACCCCUGUGAGGAAGGUUGACAGGCCCAGACCGCAGCCCAUUGUGGAGAGUGUGGAGGGCGUGGACAGUGCAGAAAGCCUCCACUUGAUGAUCAAGAAACACACCUUGGCAUCAGGACGCAGGUUUCCAUUUAGUAUCAAGGCCUCCAAAUCCCUGGAGGGCCACAGCCCAUCCCCCACCUCAGAGAGCAGCGAGCCGGACUUGGAAUCCCAGUGUCCAGGCUCAGGAAACACCCCCUCAAGCCAACCCUCUGGAGAAGCCCCUCAGCCCAGCCCUGACAGCACAGCCGCCCAGAAAGUAGCCACGAGUCCCAAGAGUGCCCUCAAGUCCCCGUCGUCCAAGCGCCGGACAUCUCAGAACUCAAAACUCAGAGUGACCUUUGAGGAGCCGGUGGUGCAGAUGGAGCAAACUAGCCUUGAACUAAACGGAGAAAAGGAGCGAGAAAAAGGCAGGACCCUCCAGCGGACGUCUGCUGCUAGCGAAUCAGGGGAUCAGCUCAAAAGGCCUUUUGGAACCUUCCGAUCCAUUAUGGAGACGCUCAGUGGCAACCAGAACAAUAAUAAUAACUAUCAGGCAUCCAACCAGUUGAAGACCUCCACCCUCCCCUUAACCUCCCUUGGGAGGAAGGUGACAGACGGUAAGGGAAACACCGGGAGCUCUGCUAGCAAAGGAAAAAAUAAGGCGGAGAUGUACGGCAGCUGCAUCAAUCUUUCCUCUAACACGCUGAUUGAAGAGCAUCUGCAUAACUAUGCACGGCAUGAUGACAUCAGUAGAAAAAUGAAGAAAUCCUACAAUACAAAGCAUGUUGCUGAGCCAGAAUCAAAAGAACUCUUCUUAUAAAUCACUUUUUUAUUAUCUCUCAUUGCUGCCCUUUGGGCACCAUUGGAAAUUUCUGGACUGUCCUCUGUGGAAAUAGAAUCAUGAGAACAAUGCCUCACCAGCAGAAGACCAGACGAUUAGGAUGCCUUAAAUUUAUAGCACUAGCGUAUAUAAGACUCAUUUUGGGGUGAUAUGUGUAUGUAUAACUUGUUUUUAAAGAGAUGCAGUUUGAAAGCAUGAUUGGGCAAACGUAUGUUUUUUAAGAUUGAUUCAACCUCCCCACAGGACAUCCACCAGCCACUGACACCACUGUGUCUCAUCAGUUGCAUGGGUGUUUGCUGAUGCUGGUUGAACCUCCCUUUCCCCAUAAUAUGGGCAAUUUGGGCUCAGCUUCUCCAGGAGACCAGAUCAGUGCUGUUGUUUUCUGUCGAGUGUUUUUUUCUGUCGUUUCUACUUUUUGUAUAAAGGAAAUAAAACAAUGUUAACAA